UCAACUGGACUACGAGUGUGCUUCUAAACUUGUGGGGAAAGAGUUGUUUUUGGAAUUAUCAAAGCGUUGCCGUGAUCGCAAACAUGGCGUCAGGCAAGAAGCCAUUAAAGCAUUAGCCCGUUUGUAUAAACUGGCUUAUACGGAAAUCGUUGACCGCGACGCAAACGCGACAGAAAAAUUUGGGUGGAUUCCCUCAGAAAUACUGAAUACGUUAUAUACCAAUGACAAUGAAAUAAUAGUAAGUGUCGAAAAGGCUUUGCACGAUGAGAUACUUACAUCUGUGAACGAAGAAGCGGCUCGAAUGGAUAGGCUACUCGUCGUUUUCGGGUCCCUUGACAUGAAGGCAAAAAAAGCUUUCUGUUCACUGUUCCAAAGACAACGAGAUGCGAUAAGUGACAUGAAUACAUAUUUGAGUCUAUGUGAAAAAUAUAAGGAUGAUAUUAUUAACGAAGAAAGUGAAAAAUAUUCAAACAUUCUGAAUCAAGUUGUUCGACGAAUUUCUGAGAAAUUACCUGAUCCUUUAAAAUCAGCAAACAAUCUAUCGUCUUUUCCUGGACUUCAAGAUACCCGGUGUUGUAAGAUGAUAAGAGAUUGUAUGAAUCCACUUUCAAAUUAUGGGACCGUUAAAAAAUCUGAAGAAGAUGCCCUUAAACGUAUUGGUCAGAAGGCUGCUUCAUCACUAGAAACAUUCACAAUACUUAUUCGACGGGUCAGCAUGACCAUUAUAAAUCGGGACUUGGUGCCAUUGCUUUUAAAUAAAAUUAAGUCGACUGAUUCAGAACAAAAUUCAAGUUCCAAUGUGGCACACGAGUUAUUUAAGGAUAUUUCAUCACGAUUUCCUUCCAUAUUCAAGCCACACCUUGAUGAACUGGUAAAAUCAAUUGCAGAAAACGAGAAUUCGUUAAUGGUUGAAGAUAGUUUACAAGCGCUCUCAAA